AUGAUCAAGAGUAAUGACGAGUUUGAGGCCCUGGUCGGUCGGAUCGCCAACCUCCUCACGGCAAGGGGCAUCCCAGCCGUGCUCUGGGAAGGCUUGCUACUGAACGUCCACGGAUCUUUCGUCUCUGUUUCGUCGGUCAACUUCGUCAUACCCGACUCGCUCAUCCCCGAUGCGACAGAAGCACUCGCCUACGAUCCAGUCCUGGACCUGCGACAGUGCGAGGAGGAUGACGCCGCCGGACACAAAGAUCACCCCCGCCCAACAGCACACAUGCACUGCGACACCAACGGUCUCGAGGUGGGAUUCUUCCCCCAGUCGACGACGCUGUGGUUUCUGGGCGCCAUGGACCGCGAUCAAGCGCGCCGGUGUCUUCCCCCCAUCGAAGGACUGAUCAAGGCGUCCGACUCUUCCCUUCCCUCUGUUGAGCCCGGCCAGUUGAGAGGCCGUUUUCUGACGACUGAAGCCCCGAUCUGGGUCUUGCCCGUCCAUUCCCUCCUCGAGGCCUGCGUCCGCUGCAUGAUGCGAGACGGGCGCAGGCACUUUUGGCAUUACUACUUUAUGUUGCAGCAUAUCCGUUUUGACAUGGACAAGGACGGGUACCUGGACUUGGGAAAGCUCUCAAACGCUUGCAGGAGCUUCUACGUCCUUGGGGCAAAGGCGACGGGUGCGGGUGAGAACAUGCCUGAGAUACUAGAGAACCUUGAGAAGGAGCUUGAGGAGGAGAUUGAGGGGGAGCUGGUAGGGCUGGGGAUCGAUCAGCUGUCUCUCUCCUGA